ACUAUUUUUCAGACAUUCAAAUGCUAGGCGGACCAAUGCUGAUUACCCCAUAGCUAAUGUAUCACAUAUCUGUGUGUAAUGGAAUCCGAAAAAGACAGGUCAAACACCAGACCACCAGAGAAGUUUAAAGAUAAAAAAAGAGGAAGUCAAACUAGAGGAGACAGAAAUGAUUCAAAAGAAAGAAAACCUGACACAACGGAAACACCACGUCAUUUCAAAAGCGAAAGAACCACUCAGCCUGUCGGUUUUGCUCGAAAGCAGGGACAGAGGUCAAGUCAUGGUGCAAGACCUAAGUCAGUGACCUAUCAGAAUCGGCCUGCAGAUAACUCUAUAAGUUCACAAAACCAGAAGAAUGACAUUUUUCGGCGGCGGCCGAGAACAGCGUUUGGGGCGAAUGAAAACAAUUUUAAGACAAAUAGUGAUAUAAGAAAUGAAGACCAAGGCAAUAACUGGAGGAAUGGAAAAUUUCCUAGAAGACAAAAUACUUUUCAAAACAUCGCAGAUGAUAAUUUUGGACGAAGUCACAGGAGUCCUGUUUCAGACACACAUUUAAGCUUUGGUAAUCCAAUUUCAGAUGAAAUCAACGGAUGUAGACCUAAAGUAAGGCCAAAUACAGGAAUGCAAUCGCAGUAUUCAAGAGACAGAUACAGUGGUUGGAACAACGAGAAAGAAGUUCAAAAAGGUAGACAAAUGGUGAUAGGAUUUCCAUUCUUAAAGAACUUGAUUGGAAAGGAUCCUGGAUACAUUAUCUUAGAACUAACAAAGAACAAGUCUGCUUUGAAGGAUUGCUUGAAGCGAGCGUCAGAAAAUCAAGAGUUUCUAGAAGUGUUCCUUCAGGCCUUAUCAGAAGCUUAUUUAUCCAGAACUACCCCAGGGCUAAUGAUUGAACUCUUCGAUUCUUUGAAAGAAGGGAAUUUCUUCGACAGUGUAGUAUUUUUGCUUAUUGAUGUAAUGGGCAACGGGAAAGAAAUAGAUAGCCCAGUAAAACAAAUGCUGAAAAAUAUAUUGGUAAUCAUAAAUGGACAAAUCACACGGAAUCCUUCUUCAUUGUUUGUGGUUUCAAGAGCAUGUACAUUGUUAGGUCAAAUAAUUGAUGGUUUGUCGAAAGAAGAUAGAGUUGUUGAUGAAAUAGUGCCGAUGUACCAAGACUUGGUAGAGCACAAAAACAAGCUAGAAAAGGAACAAAAGACAUAUUCUGGCAGGAAAGAAAGACAAAAACCUCCGGAUGAUUUUAGACAAUAUUCCGUUUGCCCUAGUCCAAGCGAAAUAACAGGGACAGCUAGACCAUUUCUUAGAAGAAACAAAGUUGAAGGGGAAUAUGACGACUUAGAUCACUAUUUAGAUGUGCAGUUCCGCUUACUGAGGGAAGAUUUUGUAGGACCUUUGCGAGAGGGAAUUACGGAAUAUAUCAAGAUUAAAACCUCAAAGAAGCCAAACCAGGACGAGAAAUCAAUCCGAAAGCUUAACAUAAAGAUAUAUGAAAAUGUAUCUGUGCAUACACCAGUUGUGACAGAACAUGGUUUAUGUUACAAAAUGAAACUUGAAAUGAGCAAUUUUAUCAAGCGGGUCAACUGGUCGGUUAGUAAACGGUUAAUGUACGGAUCUUUAGUAUGCCUGACAGACAAUGAUUUUAACUCGUUUUACCUGGCAACAGUUGUUGGACGGGAUGAGGAGGACAUCAGGAAUGGAUUUUUCAUUGUUCAUUUUGAACAAGAGGAUGUGAAAACGUACGAAGUUCUUCAUAAGAUAUUCCGAAUGGCAGAAACUUCUGCCUACUUUGAAUCAUACAGACAUGUGCUGUCAAGCAUGCAAACUUUCAGACAAGGUGACCUUCCAUUUGAAAAAUAUAUUAUUUAUUGUGAUAGAAAUGUUGAGGCUCCAGCUUACCUUAAACCUGGCAGUACUUAUGACUUAAGGCCAUUAGUUGAUCAAGAUAUAGAGCUACAAAGUGAACGGCGUCUUCAGACAAUAGGCACGAGAAUUCCAGCAGUGGCAAAUAAUCGGUUUUCUUCAACGUCCACUGAAGCGAAAUGUGUAAAUAUCCUUAAUAAAAAAGGCUGGCCUUCAAAAGAGCUUCUCCAUCUAGAUGAGUCACAGUAUGACGCUGUUCAAACAGCUUUGACGAGUGAAUUUUCCAUCAUUCAAGGUCCACCGGGAACGGGAAAGACGUAUAUUGGCUUGCAAAUUGUCAAAGCACUUUUGCACAAUAAAUCAGUAUGGCUAGGUUCUGACCAUAGAAUUCGACCAAUGUUGGUAGUAUGUUAUACAAACCAUGCCCUCGAUCAAUUCCUUGAAGGAAUUGCAAAGUACUUUAAAGGCGAUAUUUUGCGAGUAGGUGGGAGGAGUGACAGCAUGGUUUUGAAAAAUUGCAACCUGAAACAUUAUCGCAAAUGUCUUGGAAAGCUACAGAUGUCAAGAAAACAGGCACGUGAAGAACUUGACCAACACUCGGACGAACUUAGAGAACUUGCGAAAACCAUAGAAAUUUACCAAACCGAAAUAGUUGGAGAAAGAUUUCUGAGAGAAGAGAUGGGACCUCGACUAUAUAAUAGCCUAGUUCAAGAUUUUAGAGGUAAUAUAGACAGAAGGAAGAGAUAUUCGUACAUCAUAAAAUGGUUAGGCAUUAAACGAAUCGAAGAAAUUUCAAGACAACAAGCAGAACAGGCAUAUGAAACAAAAACAGAAGAAUUUGUAAAUGUUGAAGAUAACACAAAACAAAGACAGAGACAUAUGGUGACUGAAACCGACGAAGAAGAUGCCACAAAUGCACCAGAAAAAGAGCAAGAGUUAUUGCAAAAAAUUCGUCGUAGAGCCGGAAUUGUAUUCUCUGUUGAACAUGGCAUUCAGAGUAAGAAGGAUAAAAAUAAAAAGAAAGAAAAUUUGAUUCAGCAGAUAUUUAACAGAAUUUUGAAAACUACGUUGGAACGCAAAAUUUCAGACAAUGACAUAAUGGGUCAAGAUGAAGCAGACUAUAUCCAAGAUGUUUGGCGGCUUGAUCACAAUACGAAAUGGAGAAUGUACCGUAUGUGGAUUCAAAACCUGUGCAUCAAAGAAUACAAUAAAAUUGAAGCGAGACGGACUCGCUUCGAACUGGCAUCUGAACGAUACCGCGAGGCAAUGAUGCAAGAAGACAAAGAAAUUAUGAAACAGGCCUCUGUCAUUGGCAUGACAACAUCAUGUGCUGCCAGAUACCAGGCAGUACUCCGUGAUAUUGGUCCACGCAUCAUAAUUGUUGAGGAAGCUGCUGAAGUAUUGGAGGCUCAUAUUGUCACCACACUGAGUAAAGGAUGCGAACAUCUUAUACUGAUUGGAGACCACAAACAACUUAGACCAAACCCAACCGUCUACAGAUUAGCUAUCAAAUACAGGCUCGACGUUUCGUUGUUUGAAAGAAUGAUUAAAAAUAAGAUGGAAUUUAACUGCUUGAAAUUACAGCACCGAAUGAGACCUGAAAUUUCUUGUUUGGUAAAGCAUAUUUAUCCAGACCUUUUAGAUGACGGAAGUGUGAAGUCGUAUCCAAAUGUAAAGGGUGUUUCAACUAAUAUCUUUCUCGUCAAUCAUGAAAGUGAAGAAAAAAUAGAUGAAGAUAUCAAAAGCUACUCGAAUCCACUUGAAGCACAGUAUGCUGCUCAGCUUUGCCAAUACCUCUUGCUACAAGGUUACCAAAGACACGAAAUUACAAUUCUGACAACAUACACCGGCCAGCUGAUGUGUAUUCGAAAAUUUAUGCCUAAAGCACAGUUUGAGGGCGUUAAAGUCACAGUCGUUGAUAAUUUUCAAGGUGAAGAGAACAAAAUUAUCAUACUCUCUCUCGUGCGGAGCAACAAAAUUGAGAAGAUUGGGUUUUUAAAGACAGAAAAUCGCAUCUGUGUUGCUCUUUCCCGCGCAAAAUAUGGGUUUUACGUCCUGGGAAACUUCAAUCAACUUGCUGCGUAUUCAACACUCUGGAAACGAAUAACGGAUGAAAUGAAAGAAAAUGGUUGCUUUGGGAAUGGUCUGAAACUUUGCUGCCAGAACCAUCCACAAGAUAAUGCUAUCGUUGCAGUCGAACCCGGCGAUUUCAAGAAAGCCCCAGAAGGAGGGUGCCAGAAGUAUUGCGAUAUCCGUCUAAAAUGCGGUCAUGUGUGUAAAAGGUACUGUCAUGUUCUCGACAGAGCACAUGAAACAAAUACGUGUGUCGAACCAUGCACAAAAAUAUUAUGUGACAAUGGGCACAAAUGUCCUCACAGAUGUUUUGUUAAAUGUGGACCGUGCCAAGUACCUAUGGACAAAACGAUACCAAUUUGUGAGCAUCAGCAAAUUGUUCCUUGUUCGGUCAAUCCUCUGAAAUUUUCAUGCCGAGCUCCAUGCGAACAUAUAUUAGACUGUGGUCACCAGUGUGACAAAGCAUGUGGGGAUGCACAUACGAGUCACUGUAAAGCUACAAUAGAUUUUACUUUUCCCUGUGGACACAACUCUGUCAUACUGUGUGGGGACACAGAAGUCGCAAAAUGUCAACACCCAUGUGAGGCAAUUCUUAAAUGUGAACACAUCUGCAGUGGAACUUGUAGUACAUGCUUUAGCGGAAAAGUCCACCUACCUUGUCGCCAUGAAUGUAAGCGAAUUCUUGUCUGCGGUCAUGCAUGCAAUGACUAUUGUAAUAGUUGUCCACCGUGUACAGAAUACUGUGAAAACAGAUGUGUCCAUAGCAAAUGUAACAAAUCCUGUGGAGAACCAUGUGUACCAUGCCAAGAACAAUGUUCAUGGAAAUGUUGGCAUUACAAAUGUAACAGGCUUUGCAGUCAGCCAUGUGACAGACCACGAUGCAACAAAGCUUGUAAAAAGCGUUUGAAAUGCAAACAUUCGUGCAUUGGAUUUUGCGGAGAACCAUGUCCAAACCUUUGUAGAAUUUGCAAUAAGGAAAAAGUUACUGAAAUUGUCUUUGGCUACGAAGAUAACUCAAACGCGAGAUUUGUUUUACUUGAGGAUUGUAUGCAUGUAAUUGAAUCAAGGGCGUUGGACAAGUACAUGCAAAUGAAAGACGAAUCGAACUCCAUUCAGCUUAAAGGUUGCCCACUCUGCAAGACUACAAUUCGCAAAUGCCUAAGGUAUGGGAAAAUAGUUAAUCAGGCUCUGGAAGAUGUUGAACGAGUAAAACAGCAAAUGAUCGGGAAUAACGGAAUAAUAGACAGAGUGUCCCGACGUAUCAAAGAAAACCCUAUUUUUAGUGGAACGUUUUACACCAACAGAAUCCGGAUAAUGCGGAUGGCCAGAUCCCGUAUUUCUACGUUGGAUCGGUAUAACAUUUGUGAGUAUCAAGAUUAUUUCGAAAGUAGUCUUACUGCGUUCAAAAAGGCCAGAUUGUUCACGGAAACACAACUGUUGUCUUUGGAAAAUAGACAUAGAAUUGCAAAAGCAGUUAUAGAGUUGAGAUGUAACAUUAAAGAAAACUACGCAAAAGUUAAUGGCAAAAUGUUCAAUGGUGAGAAAGAAAUGGUCAUCCUAACAUCCGAGUUUGUCGAACGUUUAACAAAAAAUUUGGGUGUUUUGUCUGAACAAGAAAUCGAAGACUUUACAAGGGAAAUCCAAAGAGGCAACGUUUACGUACAAUUUCUAAAGAUGAAAAGAGCCAUCAAAUCUGCUGGAAAAGACAAAGAAGCAACAGAUGACUUUCAGAAAGUUGAGAGUUUGAUACUGGAUGUCCAAAGAUUUACAGAAGAAAGGGAAACAGAAAUUGAUUCUGUCAUCAACCACCUGAAAGAUCUUUUGAAAAUAGAAGGUUUGGGAAUAACAGAAGAGGAGAGGCUGGAAAUUGUAAAGGCCGUUGGGCUGUCAAAGGGGCAUUGGUUCAAAUGCGCGAAAAGUAAGUACUCUGUAAAUGCAUUAAUCUUUCAUGUAUGUACGCGUAGUUGUUGGCUUGAUGCGCUUGUUAAACUACAUGAUAAAAUCAUAUGUUUUAAGUGUAUUAAUACGUUGAAGCAUUUAACAUCAUAACUUCUGCCUUUUCUACAAUUAAGCACUCACGCUUGUAAAUUGCGUCUCCUGUAUAUGUAACAAGUUGGUAGCCUAUAUCUUUAAACAAUUAAAUACGAUAUGUACGAGAAAAAUAAAGAAUAGCUAGCACGUAACCUUUUUAAAAAUUAGAAAUUACGUAUAACUAUACAUAAAUUAUUCUUUUUCAGAUCAUAUUUACGCUAUUGGCGAAUGUGGCGGAGCCAAUCAGAAGGGCAUGUGCCCGGAAUGCAAGUCUGAUAUUGGUGGAGUACAGCAUCGACUUGCGGACGGAAAUAAGCUCGCACCGGAAAUGGACGGAGCAUCUUUCGCUGCCUAUUCUGAAGAAGCGAACAAUAUGGGAAAUUUUGAUUUGCAUAAUUUUCACUGAGAGAAGUCAAAUACAAAUCUGAAUGGGUAUGUUUGCGUGGAUAUUGAUAAGAUCCUACACAUAAUGAGGCUCGUGUCCAGAAUCUUUUGAAGUUUUCGAAACUUAGGAAACGAUUUCUUUUGUUGCUAACUUUUAACAAAAUGCAACCAUUCAGUGAUUUAUAAUUACAAAAAUCUUUCAUGUACUUUGUUAAGUACUUUUUAUAUAGAAGUCGAUACUGGGUUAGUUAUUGCUUUUAAAAUUUUAUAAAAAAUAGACGGAACUUCUGUUUACUUCAAAAUAUUAUUAUGAUGAUAAUGAAAAAUCAGCUUCAAUUACAGAUAUUGUUGUAUGUUUUUGAGGUUUUGACAUUGCUGCGUUCACAAUAGUACGAGCUGUCGGAUCUAGCAUUUACGUGCUUCAAAACACGAUUUUCAAUGUAUUUGUUCUUGUGCUUAUUCAUAGCUUUUAUCAAUUCUUUUUUGUCAAGGAUAUGUCAGCAUGGACCUACUUAUAUCCUUAUUUACGCCAUUGAUAUGCCAUUAACUUCAGUUCUAAUACAGUGGUCACAUAUAUUUCAUUGCUUUUAAAAUCAGUAAUUUGUUAGAUUAGUAUAUAAUCUUUAAUAUUGAUGCAAACGUAUGUAAACAUAUUAGUGAUAUAUGUCGGUUUCAUUCGUUCCUUCUUAUGUUUUGUAAUAUUGUUUUUGCGAUUGCAGAGUACUAACACAGUCACUAUUUAUAUUUACGUUGAGAAGAUAUUUAGAAAAAUAAUUCAAAAGAUCACACUGUAUUUGAGUUGAGAAUUGUAGUCACCUGGAUAGAUACAAAAUUCUGAAAUGCCACUGUUGAUAAUCCAAAACCGUAUAUUAAAUUGCCCUGGUUAAAUGUACAAUGCAUUUCUCGCUCCAUGUCCGUCUUUUUAACAUACGUUGCUUGUUCAAAUGAAUAUGAUAUUGUGAAUUCAUGGUUAGAUUCUUUAUAUGCAGGGUGUUUCAUAAUAUCUGAUUGUUUAAUUGUUGUAAUGAAAUAAUGACCUUUUCGCUUUUUUGCAAAGUGUCAGUUUUCAUUUUGAAUAUACUGGGUAUUUUAUAGUUUCGGUUACAGUAUUUCCUAUGUCUAUAUUAUCUAUGAUUAUUUGCUUAUUUUUAACAUGUAAUCAGAAGGGGUAAUUGUACGCGUUUAAAUUUUCAGUUGAUAUUUAACAUUUAUGUAUUGAAGAUAUUCAGUAUUUAUCAAGUGUUUUCACAGGAUAUGCCAAGUUGAAUAAUGUAAACGUUUACAAAACUGAGCAGAGUUCCCUAGACGUUUUUGUUUAGUAUUAUGGACCGAACUUCGGCUUUGUUAUAUUAACGGCAUUUUAAGUAUGACUUUACACAAAGUUAAGGUUUACAAAUAUUUAGGCAUUGUGAUGAUUUUGUAAACAUAUGUGAAGAAACAUUAAUACUUGUUCAGUCUUUGCGUAAAGGCGUUAAUUACUGUUUCUAUUAUUAAUGCAUUUCAUAUCAUAGUUAUCUGUAUACAAUUUAUAUAUUCUAAACUAGGUUUUAUGUUUUCUGUAUACAUUUGAUAUUGAUAUGAAUGAGAAUUCAGUUGUAAAAAUGAAUUUUUUCUUCAGAAUGUUAUUUUUGAUGAUGUACUUGCUUUAAUUAGUUAUGAACUUUCUCCAUUCUAUUUUUAGUACUUAUUUCUCUUAAAAUAGAGUGAUGUCUGUUCCAUACAUAGAACCGUAUGAAUACUUGCAAUUACAUUUUGUUCUAGUAAGGUGUAUCUAUAUAAUUAUGUUAUAAAUGAAAGAAAUCUGGAUCCAGUUAUGUAUAGACUUUGGGAGAAAAUUGAUACUAGAAAUAUCUUUAAUUUUAUAUAUGAUCUUGUUAUAUUUAGAGCUAAAAUAUAUAAUAUAAGUUUUUCCUAUAAAAGAAUUAUUACUAGAAUAUUGUAUUCAAUAAGAAUGUAUUCAAUAAAACAUUUAUAACAAGAACAGGUGGGAAUUAUUUCGACAGUGUUCUUGGAUAUUACUAUUAGUACUAAUUUAAAGUGGUUGGUGUGGAUUAAAUUUUGAGGAUUUUUAUUAAACUACAAAAACAGGAUUAGUGAAGAUUUCAAUCAGAUGUUAUAUAUAUUUUAGGACUUUCUUUCAGGUAUUCAUUCGUUAUUAAUAUUACAUACUGUGAAUUUCGUUGAAUAAAUUUUGUUGUUUUAAAAUGUCUUCUGCAGUCAUUCGUUCAAUAUUGACAUUCAUUUAAGGUAUUUAUUGGUCUUGUUAUUAAAUUUAGAAAAUCAUUCUUAUCUAUGAGUGUCGCAUAAACAUAAAUAGACGUGUUUGACCGCCCGAAAUGCUAAUAUUUAAGAUGUUUUAUAUGGUGAAUGCCUAAUAAAAUUGGGAACGCACAUUUAAAAGCAAAGAUUUUAGAAAGAAGUUACAUCAAAAUUAUAAUUUAAGGAGAUGCUCUGGAAGAAAGUUAUAAGGCUAAGAUGCCUGUUAAUGUCACCGGAUUGUUAUGUAUUUUAUCUGAAAAUGUGUAAAACUAUAUUGAGGGAUGUGAUUGUUAUGUUGCAUAUGAACACAGUGUGCCCGGGUUUUACGAACCAGUUCAUGGUACUAAUGCUUCAACAUGUACAAUUUUGCUUUUAUGUAUUCAUGAAUAGAACAUUAGGUUGCCAUUUAAAAUACAUUAUCUGAUUUAGGAAAUAUCGCUUACUUUAACUAAUAUUUAGAUUUUGCGACCUCUGUGCACUAGGCUACCGGGUAUCCCAAAUCCCUAUUGCUGUUAUUCAUUUCUAUCUGUAAAUGUCAGUCGAUCUGCGGACACUAGUAAUUCGGAAUGCAAUACCAAUUUUACGAUCGUUCAGAUAACACAAUUAUAAGUUUAAAUCUGAAGAAUAAGACCAUAAUGAACACUGUGUAUUUUUAUUAUCACAAUAUCCAAGUGCUCAAGGUGAACUAUUGUCACCGGUAAUUAUCCGGCGUCCGUUGUCGUACGUUGUGCGUCGUUCUUCGUCCGCCAACAUUUGCCUUGUUAACACUCUAAAGGUCACGGCUGUGACCCUUGUGAUCUUUAUGAAUCUUGGUCAAAAUGUUUGUCUUGAUGAUCUCUAUGUCAACUUUGAAAUUGGGUCAUGUCGAGUCAAAAACUAUGUCACGUGCUCAAAUCACAUAAAAAAAGCUUGUUAACACUGUAGAUGGCACAUUUAUGAUCCUGUCGUCAUGAAACUUGGUCAGAAUCUCUACGUCAUGCUCGAAUCUGGGUCAUUUGGGGUGAAAACAAGGUCACCCAGUCAAAUCAAAGGAAAAGCCUGCUAACACUCUAGAGGCUGUAUGCCCAAUUACUUAGACGAGCGAUCCAGGGUCAUCAUGACUUUCUUGUUUAUAGAAUAGUUAAUCUAAAUAACUUGAUUUUAUCAUAAAUGUUUCAAAAUGUGUGUACUUACAUUAUGAUAGGUAUACAAUGUACAUCGUAUUCAUGUAUAAUUUAUUUUCGUGCAUCACCGGACAAUAAAGUAAGCUUUUCUUGAAGAGAGCAA